AUGGAUAUCACAAGGACCGGCGACAGCCACUUGUUUGCUUUCUACCAACUUGACUUGAGUACCAGUAUUGAUGAGGAGACCAAGCCAAAGCCUUCCCCUGCCACAACCAGAGCCAUUGCUUCAUUGCUGUCGAACCUGGAUAUGCUAGUGGAAGUGUGGGAUGAAGACUGCACUUUCCUCUGGAGAUUCAAGAAGAACCAGUAUCUGACUGUUGAGCAGGGCAGGAAGGUUGGUACUCAUCUGUCAGAGAAGGUGGCUGACAAGGAUUCCAGACUUGUCAGCUUUGGAUUCUCACCCCUUUCAGGAAGAGAGCUUGUUAUGAAAACUGACAGAGGCAUUGAGAUUGUGUUCAUUUUGCCUGCUGGCCAGGGCCGCUUUGUUGAGCCAACAGGCCCAGGAGCAGAUCCAGGAGCAGAGAAGAAGAAACCACACAACAAACGACGAGAAAGCAGUGGCACCUUGGAACCUUGGGAUGAAAGGAAGGAAGAUGCUGAUUUGGUGGAGUUGGUGGAUUUGAUUGGAAAUCAGCAGAUCAGCACUCGGUCCACUGAUACUGAGUACACCUAUGAGACUGUGGAGGAUGAAGAUUGAAUAUGCAAUCCACAACAACAAACCUAUCGGUGACAACCAACAAGGCAAAUGGCAACAAUCAUAAUGGGAGGUAUGCUCCCACCAACAGCAGUAGCAGUGUAGGUAUCCAAAAUAAUAGUACUCUUCUUAUCUAUUGACUUGACUUGACU